GAUUAUUUAAUGGAAAUACAAAAGAAUCCUGUGAAAUCGAAAUUUUGCAAAUUAAGACUGCUGUGCCGGACAUUGGCUGGUAAUAAUGUCUAUUAUCUGACUGUAACAACACCGGCGGUAUCAGAGGAAUUAAUGAAGCGUAAAAAAUCCAUUGUUAUUUCGGCACGUGUUCAUCCAAGCGAAACACCAUCAUCGUGGAUGAUGAAGGGUCUGAUGGAUUUCAUAACGGGCGAUUCAACGGUGGCCAAACGCCUGCGGCAUAAAUUCAUCUUUAAAUUGAUACCGAUGCUAAAUCCGGAUGGUGUCAUUGUGGGCAACUCCCGUAACUCACUAACGGGCAAAGAUCUCAAUCGUCAAUAUCGUACGGUAAUACGUGAGACCUAUCCAUCGAUAUGGUAUACAAAAGCUUUAAUUAAAAGACUGAUUGAUGAAUGUGGUGUUUCCAUGUACUGUGAUAUGCACGCACACUCUCGCCGCCACAACAUUUUCAUUUAUGGCUGUGAGAAUAAACGCAACCCGGAAAAGAAACUUACCGAACAAGUUUUUCCACUUAUGUUGCACAAAAAUGUAGCAGAUAAGUUUUCAUUCGAAAAUUGUAAAUUUAAAAUUCAACGCAGCAAAGAGGGCACUGGCCGCAUUGUGGUCUGGAUGCUGGGCAUCACGAAUAGCUAUACGAUUGAAGCCUCAUUUGGUGGCUCGCUGUUGGGAUCACGCAAGGGCACACAUUUUACAACACAGGAUUACGAACAUAUGGGCCGGGCAUUUUGUGAAACGCUGCUGGACUAUUGCGAUGACAAUCCGAAUAAAGAAAGUUUAAGACUGAAAAUCAUAGAACGUUUACUGAAGGAGGGGUCGAGUGCUGAAGAACCGAUAAAUAUACCCCUGUCCGAUUAUUCAAGUGAUGAGGGCAGCAGUUCUAGUUCAGAUAAUGAAGGUAAAGGACCAUCAUCGUUAAAGGAUUUCUCCGACUUAGAGGGCCCGUGUUGUCAUCCACUGAAGGCUCCGCCUUGUUCGCCUGAAUUGGAUAUGGAAAUAAGGAAGCCCCACAAAGUAAAAAUGCGUUGCAAAUCGUUACAUCGAAGGAAAAAAGAAGAACGUCUACUAUUGGAUUUACCCACCACCGACCCAGGUUCUGAUUUAGUAUUUUCAACAGAUGAUGAAUAUAUUAUGGAUGCCGCCGCCACCACUGGUGGGGUGCAAUAUUAUAGUACAUUACCCCGUCACAUAAGACGUGGUCUAAUGCAAAGUGAACUACAACGACGUUACAUUGAAGAAAUUGGAGAUGGUCUGAGAAAUAUGCCACCUGAGUUGAUUAUAACUUCGCCAUCAAAUAAAACCAAACAUCCACCAAUAAAGAUACUAUUAAAACCCGCAAGCAGUACCCACAAAAAAUAUUCUGCAGCACCACCAAAAUCUGCGGAACUUCCAAUGAUUGGUGAACCGGCAAGACGUACCAGUUCAUGGCAUAAUCUGAAUACUGCCCCACAAACACCCAUUACACCGCAAUGGUAUUCAAUGAAUGUGACACGACGACAACAAUCACCGGCGGCGGUGCACUCGCCGAAACCGGUCUUUAAAACGAAAUCAAUGGCCAAAAAGGAACCCUUGAGUAAGGAGGACUUGGAAAUAAAAUUAUCUUUGAAAAAGAAAAUAUGGACAGGCAUCCAACCCGAAGAUGGUCCCUAUGGUGUAGAUCGCAGCAGACCUUUGACUUGGGUGCCACCGCCUCCGCUUAAAACGCCAACUAAAAAAUCUGUGGAUCACAAACGUGCGGAGUGUGCGAAGAAUGUUGUACGCUUGGAAAAUGAAGCAUUUUUGACAGCCUGCAGUCAAAAACUCCUAGAAUGGCAGAGUAUAAAUUCCAAUGAGGAGGCAACACCGCGUGAUAAAAACAGCAAAACCCCUUUGACACUGAUGAUGCCCGAACUAAAUACUGAGGAUCAUACAAUGCGGAUAUUUAAGCACUUGGCCAAUAUGAAAAAGUCAACGAAGCCGAAAAGUGAUAGUGAGACUAAAACCAAACAGAAAAGAAAUCUAAUAACAAAAGUAACCGAGACAACAACAUUUCUAACCAAAAUUAGUAAAAGCAGCAAAUCAAGAAGUAAUUUGGCGGUGGGGACAUAUCGCAAUACGAUGAAUAAACAAAUCAACACUAAUGGAGGAACGGGAGCUACAAAUGUUACCGGACAAUACAAACCUCACCAUUUACGCCAUCCGAGUAAAUUCAAAACUGGUGGCAUAGUUGCCACAGCGGUUCAAACUACAAAUACCAAAAAUAAGACUAAAAAAUCCAAAUCCCAUAAAAUGCACAAUUUACCAAAUGUUGAUGGAGGAGGAGCUGGAUCAUUAAAAACAAAUCCAACAGCAGAUGUUCGACCAUCAACCAGUAGCGGAGGUGCAAUAGUAUUAGCUUCUACCACAGCCACAACCAUAGUUCGUAAGGUCAAGACGAAGUUAAAAAAGAAGAAGUCAUCAGGAACAACAAAUACUAGUACACAUAACACCGCCACCAAUACAAAUAGUUCCUCCAAUGCCAUUAAGGAUGGUAUUGUAACAUAUAUUUCAACAAAGGCUUCUGUAACGGCAGGUAGUUGCUCGUCAUAA